AUGAAAGCAAAAGAACUGUUAUCUCGUCUGGAGGUAUUGGUGGAUCCGUUCGAUUUGGAAGUUUCCUCUCCCCGACUUUCAUCGGCUGUAACCCUGGCUUACAAUGGACUGACCCAUUUGUACGCUCCCCUAAUGCGUCCCGGCGUGGGUUUGCAGAUAAGCUCAGCGAAAACACCCGAUGGCGUUGCGGUGAGUUCGGAUUCUGCCUCAGUGGAUUUGAAAUCCGCCAACUCAAUGUUCAUGUCUUUGGCGACUGGUCGUGGCCGUCCGAGUUUCACCACACUUCCACUUGGCCUAUCCACUUGCUUCGAUAAGCGGCGCUCGAAACCGAACAGUUCAUCACGGGCCCGAAUGGUACGUUCUUUUCAUGUCAACUAA